AUGACACCAGAUAUGGCACCAAGUAGUAGCGAAGAAGAUCCUCGACUUAGAAAACUUACGCAAGAACUUUGUAGUCAACUUGCAGUCAAUCGUGAACAAGUGAGGCGGUUACAGCAACAAGUGGAUGAAUUAAAAAGUCGUGUUGAAAGAUACGAGGGCUCUUUAAAUCGUUCAAAUUAUAAAGGUCCAACGUUUGAAGCUGGGACAGAUAUAGAGCGUCAGAAUGCACAGCUAAUUUAUGAAAAUCGACAAUUAAAUGAAGAAAAUUCAGAACUAUUGUCUAUAAUUAAAGAAUAUGAAACAACAUUGCAGAUAGUUAUGAAGAAAUUUCGAAUUCAAUCUUGUGAAAUACAACGAAGCAAAUUAGACAUGCAACGAGAUUAUGAAGCACUAUUGGAUGAGGAGCGAGCAACGACAUCACAAGUGUUAUCAGAAAAUGUCACCCG